CAAAGGACGAAGUUCCAUGGACACAACCGGACGGUGCCAGCAACUUGCGACGAUGGGAGGUCCGUUGCCGCUGAUUGAAGUGGGGAUGGCGUUUGCGGACUCGAAGGAAGCGCUGCACUAUGUCCAAGACUAUGCUCUCCAGUCAGGAAAGCAAGUGAAAGUCAUGGCCAAGAGUGGCGGCGGACACAAACGACUCAUCUGCUCGUGCACGACGUGCUCGUUUUUCGUGCAAAUGUACCAGCAGAAGAAAGCCGUGGACGAGUCCAAGGGUCGGCAAUGGUACAUUUCGUCAUGCGACUUGAACCACGCCAUGGACUGCCUCUCGGUUGCGAAACCCACGUGCCGGCAGCUCAUCGAAAUGCAGUCGUUGCAGCAUGCCGUUCAAGCCAACUCGAAAAUCUCGGCGAACGCGCUCAUCUCCGCGUUGCCGUCGUUGGACCUCAAGCGGCUCCAGCGCACGGUUUACCGCGCCAAGCGAGAAAUCUUGACGCGGGCGCCAGACGAUGGGACAUAUGAGCGGUUGAUGGACGCCUCUAUGUUCCCUCCGCAUGCCAAACAGGUUGUGAGUCCCGCCAUGGCGGCACCGACGUCCAAGAAACGAAAGGACGGGGACAAGGACUUGGUUGAAAUUGAGCGUGCACGACUGGAGAUCAAGCGGCGGAAAGAAGCGCGACUGGAAAGGGAGGCCCAAGUGAAUUAUCGCAUUCUCGUGGCCAAGGCGGAGGAGGCGGAGCUGGCGCUCAAGGUCGCGCGGGCCAAAGCAAGGCAGGUGCUGCUCAAUUCAGGGAUUUCCAUCGAGGAAGUGGAGCACGUGUUGCUCUAAUUUGCGAAUUUCAUGGGGGGGAUAAGAGAGAGAUCCAUUGGCCUGACCACUUUCUUCACGUUACCCAAUCGGUUGACACGGAAAUUGUAAGCAUAACGUUAUUAGUGGAACCUCUCGAGAUACCAGCACAGUUAAGCCAUGUGGACUCGAU